AUGGCUGAGACCCCAGGCUCAUCACGUCUCACCAAUGAUGACUUUCGCAAACUCCUUAUGACCCCAAGGGCUACUCCUUCUCAUACCCCAGCACCAGUGGGUUCCAUAAAGGAGGCGAUGAACAAUCCCAAUUCCAUGCCUCCCCCCAAGAUUGAAGACAAGUCAGAGGCCAGGCGCAAGAAAAAGAGCUACUAUGCCAAGCUGAAGAAACAAGAAGACAAUAAAAUGGCUGAAUUGGCAGAGAAGUACCGGGACAGAGCUGGGGAAAGAAGAUCAGGUGCCAACCCAGACUACCAGGCAGACGAUCCGAUUGCGACUGCGCAAGCCUACAGGGCCGUAGCGCCCGAUCUAAAGACCAGCUUCGAUGCCGCCGAGCGCCGCAGGCAGAUGAUCCAGGAGUCCAAGUUCUUGGGUGGGGACAUGGAGCACACCCACUUGGUGAAGGGUCUGGAUUAUGCUCUGUUGCAAAAGGUGCGCAGCGAGAUCCAGCAGAUAGAACAAGAGCAGGAAAUAGAGCUGGAGCGAUUGGCCAGCAAGUCCUUGGAGGAGUUGGAGAAGGAAAAGAAGGAUGCGCAGAAGAAGGAGGAGGAGGAGAUGAAAUUCAAGACGAAGAUCGGGAGGUCCAUUUAUUAUACGAUGAACUUGCUGAAGUCGAGACAGAUCGAGAGGUCAGAAUUGUUCGUACCAGGUAGAAUGGCGUAUGUUAUUGAUUUAGAAGAGGAAGCUGAGAGUGAUAUUCCAACAACAUUGAUAAGAUCGGUGGCGGAUGUACCGUCGUUUGAAUUGACAACUACUGUAACAACAAAUGAUAUAGUCAUCAGUAAACUAACACAAAUUCUCAGUUACUUGAGACAAGGAAGCCGCAAGAACAAGAAGAACAAGCGCGGCCCGACCGACCCCUCCAAGGACCUCGACUUGCCUGAGGACCUCGACGACGCAAAGAAACCGGCGAAACGGCCGCGCACCGAGGACUCCAUCUACGGCGACAUCGGCGACUACGAGCCGACGGCGCGCGGCCAGCGUCGCGACGCCAAGAAGCGGGACGACGCCAAGCAGCGGGACUACUUCGAGAAGCGGGACGACGAGCCGGUGGACAAUGUGGCGCCGGGCUUCCGCGUGAACAAAUCCGCGGAGAUACUGAACAAGUUGCAGCAGGAGCCCGAGGGGUACGCCGAGUGUUAUCCAGGCCUGGAAGAGAUGAACGACGCCAUCGACGACAGCGACGACGAGGUGGACUACUCCAAGAUGGACCUGGGCAACAAGAAGGGUCCCAUCGGCCGGUGGGACUUCGACACGGCCGAGGAGUACUCGGACUACAUGAACCAGAAGGAAGCGCUGCCGAAGGCGGCCUUCCAGUACGGGCUCAAGAUGGCCGACGGGCGCAGAUCGCGGAAGCACAAGGACAAGAACGAAAAGGCGCAUCUGGACAGGGAGUGGCAGAAGAUACAGAACAUCAUACAGAAGAAGAGAUAA